AUGAAUACUAUUCAUUAUUUAGAAAUAAAACAGUCAAAAUUAAAUUUUAUUUCUCCAAAAAUCAAAACAAAAGUAAAAAUAUUAAAGAAAUCUACUCAACCUUUUCAUUAUAAUAAUAUUACAUCAACUACUGGUUAUCCGUGUUAUCCGUCAUCAUUUCCUUGUUUUCGAUCAUGUGGUCCAAUCAAUUGUCCUGAAAAUAAGUUACCUAUGCCUCGAGAUCUAUGGUAUCGUAUUGUUUAUUCACAAGCACUCGAACAACAACUAGGAAGUGGAGAAGCAUCUGUUCGUCAAAGUCGAUCAGGCACUCUUUUACAAUCUUCAUCAAAAAGAAAACAGAAAGAAGAUGGAUCUAUAACAGAUAAAUCAUCCUAUAAUAAUUUACAUAAAAAUAAAUCUAAUAGUAAUAAUUCACGUCAACAGCAAACAAUGAAUGCAGCAUUUUCAACAACAUCGACUAAAAUUAUUAAGCUAGAUACAUCAUUAACACUUGAUGAUCAUUUAUAUAAAUCAGAAUUCAAUCAAGACACUUCACCAUUCGUACCAUCAAAUUCUUAUAAACUUUUUCCAAUGGAUAAUCUUGAAUAUGUUGCUGAAAUUUUACCAUUACAAAUAGAAAAUAAACAUAGUCAUUCAAAUCUUACGUAUCAAAAAAGUGAAUCCAAAGAAAAUCUAGAAAUAAAUUUAUGGAAUACAAAUCUAAAUAAAAGAGUAUCGUUGACUCAGUCGGCUCAUGCAGAACUUAUCAAUCGUCCUAAAAUUCAUCGUGGUAUAUCGGUGGAUGCUAAACUUGAACGACUUCUUCCAAUUCCAAGUGCUCCAUCAGCAUCGAUGAUUUUAAAUAAUCAAUCAAACUUCAAAGAGACGAGUACUUCACCUAUUCGAUUUCAACAAUCAAAAAUAUCUAUCGAACAAUUGACGAACAAAAUAACAAAAGAUAAUUCUCAUAUUGAUUCAACAAUUAUGUUUGAGCAUCCAUUAAUGAAUCAAUUAUAUGAACAUUAUAAUCUUGAAGACAUUCCUCGUUUUCAAUUAUUCAAACAAUUAAAUCGUAGACUAACACAUAUUCAUGAGACAUUAAAAACAAUGUCGUCGAAUGAUAUUGAAAUAAAAUUAAAAUAUAAGCAUGAUGCAUUGACUAAAAAACGUCAAAUACCUAUUCAAUCAUUAACUAAAGAUGAAUGUAUAGCAAUGGCUGAACUUGAACUUAACGUUUAUGAAUACAAUAAAGCACUUGACAAAUCAUCAUCAAAAUAUUUUCCUUUGAAUAAUAACGAUCAAUUAGAAAAUGAACAAUUGUCACCGACUCUUCCUUCUUUGCUUUCGUAUGAUCCUAUUAUACCUGUAAUAAAAAAUGCUAUUAUAUCUGAAACAUCGAUUUCACCAUCCAUAUCAACAUUGCAUGCAGUUCGUCCAUCAGCAAUCAGUCAAUCAACUGCACUUCUCUCAACAACAACUCAAUUUAGUGAAAAAACAGUGGCUCGACGAUAUGAACAUAUUUGUACAAAAGCUAAACAACUUAGUGAAACACAAUUACAAGCACCAUUAGAACAAAGUAAAAAAAUUCUUCAACCAAACAAAGAUGAACGUUUACGAAUAGCAGAAUGUAAGUAA